AUGUCAUAUCAACAACCUCCACCAUUACUACCGCCACAACCUCAACCUCAACUUCCACAACUACCUCAACAAGUUUCCAAUUGGUUAUAUAAUGUCAUUCAACCACUGUAUAAAUAUAAACAAAUAGUAUAUUCACAAGUGUAUCAAUUUUUACAAUUACAUUUAAAGAGAAAUUUAAAUUUUAAAAUUAGGACUCAAGUUCAUACUUCUGAAGAUACUGGAGAAUCAAAUUUAUUAAUUAAUUUAUUUGGUAAUAUUUUCAUAAAUAAUGAAAUUAGUGUACCUAUAGAAAUAUGGAUCCCAUUAGAUUAUCCAAAUGAAAGUUGUCCCCUAGUUUAUAUAAUACCAAAUCAUUCAAAAAAUUGGUUUUUAAAACCAAAUAAUUAUGUUGAUGCUCAAGGUAAAUUCUAUCAUCCAUAUUUAUCGAAUUGGUUUGGACAAUGUAUGGAAGGUAAUGUUGAUUUGUUACAUUUUCAUUUAAAUGAAUUGAUAAAUAUAAUUUAUCAAAGUGUUAAAUUAGAAGUUCCCAUACAGAACAGCGUAUCAGUCAUACCUUCUAGAGUUUCAUCUGUACCUACAUCAAACAAUAUAACACCUCAAACUACGGGUCCUCCAUUACCUGCUAAACCUCCAAAAUUGCUAUCACCUCAAAACACAACCCCUUUGAAGUAUCAAAAUCCUUUGCCAUUACCCCAGGAACAAGUUCAAGUUCAAGCACCAUAUCCUAUGAGAAAUUCUCCAACACCAUCUCUACAACCAAAUUUACAAUCACCACAGCAUACUCAAGCAUAUCCGCAACACCAAGCAUUUCAACAACAUCAACCACAUCCAACAGGGCCAGCACCAGCACCAGCAGAGAUACCUACACGACCACCUGCUACUAUAGACUUAGUAGACAAUAUAAAUCAACUAUCAAUAGAAGACCCAAUAAGAAAGCACUCACUACAAAUAUUAUCUAAUCAAUUCAAUGAAAUCUUUACAAAUGAUUCUAUACACCAACAAAUUAAGUACAUAAAUGAGAACGUAGCAAAAUCAGAUGCACUAUUCAACCAAUUAAACCAUCAUUAUCAACAAGCUGAACAAAAUUCAAACAUUUUACAAGAUCAUAUAAAUCAUCUUUCUACGCAACUAAACAGUUCAACAAAUUUGAACCAAGAGUUGAACAAGCUAAACCAACUUAACAAUCAAUCCAACAACAAGAUCCAUAUAAACUCUAAUAGUGGGAUCUUGCUAGAUGACUUAAUUAUACCUGAUCUGCCAUUAGUGAAACAAUUGUAUGAAAUUGUCUCUGACAUAAAAGCAAUCAAAGACACUAUCAAUUUAAUCAGUGGUAAUUUCCUCGACAAUAAUGAAUUCAUAAAUGAUAAAAAUAGCGAUAAUUGUAUAAAGAUAAUGAGAAAUUUAGGAAGAGAAUUAUUUUGGUUGGAAUUGAUAAAAAAUGAAAUUGUUAAUACAAUGAAUCUUAAGUAA